CCACGAGUCAGUUUGACUGCCAUCUAGCCCUAUAUACAUUGCGGGUGGAUGUUCCACGUCUUUCUUCCUCACCCACCUUCAAGAACGUGUUUUUCUUUGCACAAGCCACGUACGCUGGCACCGGUAAUGGUCGAAGAGCCCUCUGCCCACUCGUCGGCGAUGCUACACCGGGUCUCCCGGGGAUUUCCGAGAAGGAACAUACGUCCGCGGACGCUGCGCGCGCCACCUUCGCAGCUCAAACGCCCAACCUUGCACUCAUGUCGCAAUAGACGCGCCCCUUCCGGAGCCCCCACCAGCGCCCGCGGUCGUGCGCAGUGCCUGCAGGCCAUCGCACCUCAAAGGCGGCAAGGGACGCGCUGCGCUCGCGGCCCGACCGGUGACGGCGUUACGUCGCCCAUCAAUCCGUUAUAUACCCUCGAUUCGGGGCUCUGCCCCUUGGCUUCCCCCACUCCCCGCACGGCUGCCUCGUCGCGAACCCCCCUUUACGGCUUGCUGAGUCUCAUCUUACCCGUCGCAAUCGACGUACCACCACCACACUAGAGCGUUCCCCCGCCACCGCUCGUGAAUCGCAUACCCACAUCGAGUCUGACUCGUCCCCCAAUUGCAAUGACGGACAGUGGCCAUGCUGAUAUCCACCUGCUUGACGGACUAGACGACAUGGCUCU